UGUGUUGAUUGCGGCAAAGAGUUUGGACGCGACUAUAGCUCUCACACACAGUGUGUGUCCGAAGACCAGAAAUACGGUGGACUCGACUAUCAGCCGAAGGCCAACACAAACAAAGGUCAGCAAAAGCAAGAGGAAUGGAUUGAGAAAAUAAAGAUAGCGAUCGCGGAGUCGACGGCCAACACUCACAUCAAGGGUUUAAUGCAAAGACUCGUUACCUAUACUAACAUUCCUCGGAAGGAAAAGCCAUUCUUUAAUUUCAUUAAAAACAGUCUUCGCGUAAACAAUACUUAUUAUAUCCAACAAUUGUGGGACAUCUUCAGGAAGGCUCUCGACUUGAAACAAACCAAUCAAAACACUAAUGGAAACCAUAGCCAAAGAGAUGACAAUAAAAGAGGAUUAGUGGAGACAGAAGUGACGGAAUCGAGUUCUUCCAAGAAAUUGAAAGCAAGUGAUGACAAUGAGGAGGAAUCGUCUCAAUUAACCGAAGAUAACGUGACGAAUGGUGUGAAAGAUGAGACCGAUUUGGAGUCAAACACCAAAUUAAAUAUGAAUAAAGUUAUUGUGAAAAUAUUGAAGGAAUCCGAGAGUAAAGAAUUGUCUCUAAAGAAACUCCAGAAAAAGGUAUUAAGAAAUUGA